CUACCUUGCCCCAUAGGAGCUUCAGGCAUCAAUUUAUUGUACCCUGUGUGCGCCCUAUCUUGUAGUAUCUUUUGUAUUUGUCCUAAAGGGUUCUAAAAGGAAUAGGCCACCUGGUUUGGGAGUCAGGAAAUCUAGGCUUCCACACUUACAGUUUCUUGAACAACUUCCACAAGCGCCUGAUCACAUUUGAGUUUUACCAGUGCGCUAAUUAUAAAGAUUUGGAUCAUACAGCAGAUGUCCAGUUACAUGCAUGGGGAGAUACUCUGGAGGAAGCAUUUGAGCAGUGUGCAAUGGCCAUGUUUGGUUACAUGACAGAUACUGGGACUGUGGAACCCCUCCAAACGAUAGAAGUAGAAACCCAAGGAGAUGACUUACAGUCUCUUCUGUUUCACUUUUUGGAUGAGUGGCUUUAUAAGUUCAGUGCUGAUGAAUUCUUCAUACCCCGGGAAGUAAAAGUACUUAAUAUUGAUCAAAGAAAUUUUAAAUUGCGUUCAAUUGGGUGGGGAGAAGAAUUUUCAUUGUCCAAGCACCCUCAGGGAACAGAAGUCAAAGCAAUAACAUAUUCAGCAAUGCAGGUCUAUAAUGAAGAGAAGCCAGAAGUUUUUGUGAUAGUUGAUAUUUAAAAUACCAAAAAAGAAAAAAGAAAAGGAAAGAAAGAUGAACUCCUAUGAAGAACUUUUUUUCAAAAUCCUCCUUUUGAGAAGAUCAGUGAUUUGAUUUCUGUGGUAUCUUGAUAAAUGGGCAUUUAUGCAUCAGGGAUUUUUAACUUAAAGUGUGACAUUCAGAAAUGGAAAAUCAGAGCAGAGCCUUGGUCUGUGUUCCCUACAUAUUCAGACUUUGAAGAAUUCUUCAGUGCUUGAGGGCAAUUAUGUUCCUUCCUGUGUUCAUUCCCUGCUAUGGCAGCAAGUACCCCAGAUUCUUCUAAUGGAAUGAGAGCCCUCCAGUUUGGUCCCAGAAGGGAUCACUGAUAUAAGUAAUAGUUGGGAUAGAAUCCAGUUUGGAAAAAAGAAUAAUAUGAGAAAAUAACAUUUCUUUACCUAGAAUUCGUUUUUCUUCUAAAUUGAUUAAGACACAUAUUUUGUCUGUACCUAAAGGAUGUCAUGUUUUACAUAACUGUGGGACAGUUAUCCUGUAUUCCAGUUGGUUUUCUUACAAGAACUGACUAGAAGAAUUCCAUAGGAUUUUCUUUAUCAUACUCUCAAAUUUUUAAAAAAUAUUUUUUUAGUUUUCAAUGUACCUUUAUUUUCUUUAUUUAUAUGUGGUGCUGAGAAUCAAACCCAGUGCCUCACACAUGCUAGGCAAACAUUCUACUUCUGAGCCACAACCCCAGCCUUCAUACUCUUAUUAAGCAGUGAUAAUGGAUUGCAUUUUUCUGUUUUCUCAUAAGAAAAAUCUGAUAGUAGUUAGGUACAUUGGCACAGACCUGUAAUCUCAGCAACUACCGAUGCUGAGGCAAGAGAAUUGCAAGUUUGAGAACCAGCCUCAGCAACUUAGGGAGACCCUAAGCAAUUUAGUGACACUCUAUCACGAAGUUAAAAAUAUAAAGGGCUGGAGAUGUGGCUUAGUACUAAAGUACCCUGUUAAAAUCUCCAGUACCAAAGAAAGAAAAAUCUGAUGCUAUACCUCGCUUUUUUGAGAGGGAGGGGGACAGUACUGGAAAUUUGGGUACUAUGUCACCAUACCCACCUGACACUUUUUUUGGGGGGGGGGUACAGGGAGUUGACACAGUGGCACCUAACCAUUGAGCCACAUCCCUAGCCCUUUUUAUUUAUUUAUUUAUUUAUUUAUUUUUGGUGCUGGGGAUCAAACCCAGGGCCUUGUGCUUGCACCACAAGCACUCUACCGACUGAGCUAUCUCCCCAGCCCCUAUUUUUUGAGAUGGUCUCUGAGUUGCUUAGGGCCUUGCUAAUUUCCUUUGGCUUUGAACUUGCCAUCCUCCUGCCUCAGUACCCCCACCACAUCCCAGUUGCUGGGAUGAGAGGUGUAUGCCACCUUGCCUGACUCUUUGUUGUAAAAAGUUCUUUAGAGACAGGAGGCUAGGGAAACAACUUUAAAGUUAUCUGGAGUUUGGGGAUUUAGCUCACUGGCAAAGUGCUUGCCUAGCAUGCACAAGGCCCUGAGUUUGGUACUUGGCCUUGAAAAAUAAAAAAAAAAAUUAUCUGAACUUUUUUUGUACGAGUGGUGCUGGGAAUCAAAUCCAGGGCCUCCAAAAUGUUAUACAAGUACUCUAACUCGAACUCCAGAGAUACUGGUAUUAUAGGAGUGUGCCACCACUCUGGGCUCUUAUCUAAACUUUUUUGGAAGGGAUGGAGGUGUACUGGGAAUUGAACCCAGGAACACUCAACCAUUGAGCCACAUUUUGUAUUUUAUUUAGAGACAGGGUCUCACUGAGUGAGACUGCUGCUGAGGCUGACUUUGAACUCGUGAUCCCCGUGCCUCAGCCUUCUCAGCCACUGGGAUUACAGGUGUGCACCACUGUGACUGCUUUUCUGAACUUCUUUAAGUAGAUAAUUUGCAAGUUGAUUUGCAACCCUAGUUUAUGAUAUUCUCUCAGAGCAUAAAAUUAACACCUGGUAGUGCCAAAUGUCAGUACAGGGUGUUGAACCUGCAUUAAAAGAAAGGGAUUAGGGGCUGGGAUUGUGACUCAGUGGUAGAAUGCUUGCCUAGCAUGUGUGAGGCACUGGGUUCAAUCCUCAGCACCACAUAAAAAUAAAUAAAACAAAGGUAUUUUUUAAAAAAGGGAAGUGAUU